UGAUAUAUCUUUACUGCCGACACAAGGAUAGAUAUCUGAAAUCCAUGUGAAAGGUGGCCGUCGAGCUUUCUUGUAGAGCUGUAGUAUACAUACCUGCAAUCACUCGUUUAGUGGUUUGUUGCUCGUGGUUUGUUGCCCGUGGUUUGUUGCUCGUUCAUCUGGUUAUGUCCCAACAGCGGUCGUGGGAUCUUGGCGCCGAGAAUCAUCUGAUGCUGCGCCUGAUGGCCUAUAUCUUUGAGAAUGCCACCGUCCAAACCCAAGCCGAAAAAACCCAGUGCCAUCUUCGUCUAUACCUGCUGUCGGUGCCGGCAGUCCCCGAUCAACAUCCAGAAGCAAAACUGCCCUCACUGUAAUCAUGCGAGAUGCAGCACGUGUCAGUGCAAGAAGGUGGUCCAACCCAAGGGUUAGGGACGAAAUCGAGAUCCGCAAUGAGACGAACAAGUACCCACCUAUACAAGAACCUGCCCCUGCGCGGAAAGGACCAACUGGACAAGACCCGGUGCGUUCCCAAAAUGUCCAGCUGGUCUCUUCCGCGCAGGGGCACGUUCUCGUGCAUGUGAGUGCUUGCGCGAGGAUCGGACAACGCUGCUCCGGAACUGUUGACAACCCAAAGCUCGGUGGAGACCACUUUCUUCCUGGACGCAAGAGUAUGCGCAUGGCGAUAUCAUGCUCGACAGUGUCUCAUUCCCGAACUUCGACUGAACUUUUGGCUCCCAGCACAAGCAUUUUCGGAUUUUCUCCCACAUUACUUCGAGACGUCUUUCCUGUUCACUCUCGGGUCUGCGCGGUCUUUUUCAGCGAGCAAGACGUUGGUGAUUGUUUCGAUUGGGUUGCUUUGGCGUUUGGUGGAAGACGGCCUCGUUCAAAAUUUCGAAUUGGCGUCAACGUUCAGGGCUUUAUCUCUCGCGUCUGCAAUCGUGGGGCCAACUGGUUCUGGCAUGCCUAAAAGGGCGCAUCUUUCAAGCUCGGUCAGUCUGUACAGAGGGUGUUAAGGCCUUUCUCAGCCGUGGUAUUAUCGAUGACAGCAGUCAGUCGACAGUUGGAUCGACAGCCUCGGGAAUUUGGGCGUGGGCUUAAUCCGCCACAAGUUGUCGUCCAUCUUGGUUCAAGGGCCGCACUCUGAGCCGGCUUGGGGAAAUGCGGUUGGGGGAGAUACGCAGCAGGAGGAUUGUACGGGGUGUCAUUUGUGCAUUGUGACUAGAUUGUCAAGACAGAGUGCGAAAAGUUGGAGGCCAAAGAGCCGAUGGAAUUGCAGGUCGAGGAUGGCCGAAAUUGCAUAGGGCAGAAAUCCGGGCGCCUGGGUGGGUGGAGCCACAUCGCCUCGGGCCGUUCGGGUCGCAAAGCAGCUCCCUAGCGGCGUUGAGUGUUAGCUGCAAAUUUGGAUCUGGGUCAUCUGGUCGCAAUGGACAGAGACUCUAUCGUCAACUUCUAAUAAAUUUUCCUUGACAGCGUAUUCAAGCGCCAUGAAAGACAGUCUGAUUUCUUGGCCUCGUUUCCAGAUCUUCAAGUGGGCAACCUCUAACCUUCACAUUCUUCACAAGAACAACGAAAACAUGUCCCACGAGGAACUGGGGCUGCAGCAGUGAGACUCUGCCUGCCAGCGAACUCCGUACAGCCUGUCAAUCUGAUAGCCCCGUCCUAACGCUUUGGGCUUUCCAAAAGCCCACGUUGGGCGCCAGAGGGCAACCGAGAUCUUGCAUGGUUGGCACCAAGCGAUCCUCCAGGUGCGAAGCGCAAGUGCUCGUUGCAUCACCAACCUUUCAUACCUCACCGCCUAGCAUUCAGAUGCCAGCUAAUAGGCUAACUGACGAUUGACUGCUGCAGCCCAAGCGUCCUACCCAGUCGCUCAAGCUAACCUCGUGACAGCCUGGAGCGCGAUCAAAAUGCUCUCGGUGGUAGACGGUUGCCUUUUACCUUGCUAACGUUUUGCUGCGCUGGCAACGUCUCAGGAUAACCUCUCGACGAAGAAACCCUUUCCGGCCUGCUGGCACUCGUUGACAAGCACUGGGCGCCCUGUCGCAACAAGAUGAAGCUGAACUAUGGUCUCUGUUGCUACUUUAGCCCGGCUAGCCGCCUGGGACAGAGGUGGCGCAGCUUUGUAUUGCUAUAGGAAGCUUUGGAAGGAAGACCCUCAGUGCGCUAUCGUCACCCAUUAUGAGAUACGUGCUCUCACACUCCUCACACUGGCGAGAUACCCGUUGGUAUGCGAGCUAUCCUC